AUGGCGGAUCUGGACGAGUUCGACGAAGCAGAACGCGCCUUCGAGAGCCAGUACGAAAAGGUCGAGCCCUCCCUGUUGGGCGAAGGAACCUACGGAAAGGUCUAUAAAGCUCGGUCAAUUCGCACCGGUGAGCUGGUGGCCAUGAAGCAAAUGAAGAUCGAGAGCGCGGAGGAUGGGAUGCCAAGCACCGCCCUGAGGGAGAUUGCUCUUCUGAAGGAGCUGCGAGAGCACGAGAACAUCGUGCGGCUCAUCAACAUCUUCUACAAGCCAAACAAGUUGGUCCUCGUCUUUGAAUACGUGGAGAACGACCUCAAGAAGAAAGGAUUGCCUCCUGCCACCGAGGGCGGGGCAUUGAAUGUGAGGAUUGUUUCGAGCAAACGGCCCUGGGAAGCAGCCUUGGAGAUGGCAGGGCUCGCAGGGCUUCCAGCCUUCCUCCCGCCGCCGGCGCCAUCAGCUGAAGAGAGGCAGGCAGAGGAGUCCAUGAGGUCGAGGAGCCCCAAGUCUGCCCCUUCUGCGCGCAGAGAGAUGGAGGGUGGAAGCAAAGCAGGCCCAGUGAUUUGCCUCGAGCCCGAGCUGGUUGAGGAGACGCAGCCCGAGCCCGCUGCGCCUUCGUUGCCCGCGGGAGACAACCUGCUAUCGUUGGGGCACCAGGUCCCCAACAAUGGCCAGGGCUAA